AAUCCUUUCUUUGUGGCUACGAAACUAUCCCCGGGAUUUCCUCUUGAGUUUCCAAGCCACAAUCCUUAAAACCCUAAAAUUUUAAUUCUUCCCCCCCCUUCCCUUUUUUUUUUUUAUAAUUUUUUCUUUAGCUCGUUAUUACUCGAUAAAGACUGUCAUGGACUGAUUUGCAAACCUCUUUCAUCGACUCUGCAACUCAACAACAAUGCCCAUAAUGCAAAACCCAUCAACAGUGAGCCAAGACCCAAUCCCUGUGUUCGAUUUGGUGACCCAAUUGAGUCAUUUUGCUUUUAACAGGAAGUUUCACCUAUCGAACUCAGAUGGGUUCUCUUCUUUUAAGCCAAAUUUCGUGCAUUUUGCUGCGUUUAGGGGCUCGGUGAAUAGGCGUCGAGCUGUUUCGUUCAGUUCGAAUGCGACUGUUCGGAAUAGCGCUGCUUCCGGCAUUGGGAGGAUUGUAAAUGAGUUCAAUAGAGUUAUUAAGUUUCACUGUGAUAGAAUCCCAAUUGGGUUUGCUUCGGUUCGGGUGGGUUCUGGGGAGAGUAACGGGGUGUCGGAAGAUGGGUGUGGCGUUUUGGAGGUGGAGGGUUUGCCUUUGAAUGGAGUCGAAAACGGAAGCCCCAAGAAAGUUUUGAUUUUGAUGAGUGACACUGGUGGGGGUCACAGAGCGUCUGCAGAAGCUAUUAAGGCUGCGUUUAACGAGGAAUUUGGGGAUGGGUAUCAGGUUUUUGUUACGGAUUUAUGGACAGAUCAUACGCCCUGGCCAUUUAACCAGCUUCCAAAGAGCUAUAAUUUCUUAGUGAAACAUGGAUCAUUAUGGAAAAUGACAUAUUAUGGAACUGCUCCUCGGGUGGUUCAUCAAUCUAAUUUUGCUGCAACUUCAACGUUUAUAGCUAGAGAGGUUGCCAAAGGAUUGAUGAAGUAUCAGCCAGACAUUAUUAUUAGUGUGCAUCCACUAAUGCAACAUGUUCCGCUUAGAAUUUUGAGGGCAAAGGGUCUACUGAAUAAGAUAGUUUUUACCACAGUGGUCACAGAUCUAAGCACUUGUCAUCCUACAUGGUUCCAUAAGCUUGUAACUAGAUGUUACUGCCCAACAUCAGAAGUAGAGAAAAGGGCGUUGAAAGCUGGACUGAAACCUUCCCAAAUAAAGGUUUAUGGCCUUCCUGUGAGACCUUCCUUUGUGAAGCCCAUUCGACCAAAGGUUGAGUUGAGGAGAGAAUUGGGAAUGGAUGAGGAUCUUCCAGCUGUUUUGCUGAUGGGAGGAGGAGAAGGGAUGGGGCCCAUUGAGGCUACAGCCAGGGCACUUCGAGAUGCAUUAUAUGAUGAGAAUCUUGGAGAGCCAAUUGGUCAGGUCCUUGUGAUAUGUGGCCAUAAUAAAAAACUUGCAAACAAAUUGCUUUCAAUUGACUGGGAAAUUCCUGUCAAGGUCAAAGGAUUUGUUACUAAAAUGGAGGAAUGUAUGGGUGCUUGUGACUGCAUUAUCACUAAGGCUGGACCGGGGACAAUUGCAGAAGCCAUGAUACGAGGCCUCCCAAUAAUUCUAAAUGAUUACAUUGCAGGGCAAGAGGUUGGGAAUGUGCCAUAUGUGGUAGAAAACGGAUGUGGGAAAUUCUCCAAGUCCCCAAAAGAGAUAGCGAACAUCGUUGCUCAGUGGUUUGGCCCCAAAGCAGAUGAACUGAAGGCCAUGUCUCAAAAUGCACUAAAGCUUGCAAGGCCUGAUGCUGUGUUCAAGAUUGUUCAUGAUCUCCAUGAACUGGUUAGACAGAGAAAUCUGGUGCCCCAGUUUUCGUGUUCCACUUAAUUCUUGUACCCCCACCCAAUCAAUUUUGUUACAACCGUUUUCCCAGAAAAUGUAUAAUUAAGCAUAUUAUUAUUUUUUGGGGAAAUUUUAUUAUUUUAAUAAAAUUUCAUUCAGUCC